AUGAUCGACAUUGAAAUAGAUCGAAACAACAUUGAGUCUGCCAUCAUGAGACUAUACAAACUAAAGGGAUUUUUACGUUGUGGAAGCGAAGAACAGGGAAACACCGGGGGAAACGUCCUCAGAGCAUACAUAAAUGGAAACAAUCGUCAAUUCAGCGUGUACUUUGCACAAAAUGAUCCUCGAAACAUGAUGGAAACACUGAAUGGCUAUUCGGAAACUAGAGAACGAGCAGAACUCAUGGCUUUGAAGCAUACCCUGGAGAUUGUGCCGUUGGAGCAGUAUGUCCGUAUAUACGGCAGCAGCGAAUAUUCCCCUAAACGUCUGACGGAAUAUGCGCUUGGGUGGGAGCGGAUGAAUUGCUUGACGGCCAACGACGAAAAAAAAUGA